CCUGAUCUUAAUAGGAAUAUGUAGUGUGUUCGGUCUUCGUGAGACCUUUAAAUAGAUAAUUUGAUGCAGCGGUGAUAUAAUACAUUGAAGUGCAGUCUUUGAUAACAAAACACACUGCGGGAGAACAAACAAGAGCUUACCAGAUCCUAGCAUAGACGGCCUCGUAUUAGAUGUUAUACAACAGGCACGGGUAACGGAAGCAGGACAAUAGCGUGUGUAUAUAUAGAACAUAAACUAAUGUCUAGUGCGGAAAAAUGGAUGGUCCUGGUAUCCGGAUUCUUAACUAUUUUCCUUGGCACGAGUCUGGGAUAUUCUUCUGGGGUAAUCCACGUAGCCCUGCUGGAGAAAUACAACCGGUCGAACCUACUGACAGCCUGGAUUGGUUCUCUCUUUAGCAGCAUGUUCUGUCUCGGGGCUCCUCUCGGCAGUGCACUGGUGAACACUUUCAGCUGUCGCGCAUGCGUUAUCAUCGGCGGGAUUCUAAACAUGGUUGGAUUUGCCUUGUCAUGCUUCGUUCCAAAGUUUGAAUUUUUAUUUAUUUCGUAUGGAACAAUUGCAGGACUGGGUCAGUCUUUUUCCAACAUUGGUGCAGUCGUGUCCAUCGGCUAUUACUUCCAGAGACAGCGCACACUAGCGACCGGUGCCAUUUUGGUCGGGACCGGAUUUGGAAUUGUCAUAUUCCCGCCACUAAUCCGGAUCUUUAUCGAUCUGUAUGGACUUGACGGUGCAUUUCUUAUGCUUGGAGGGAUAUCGUUUCAGACUUGCGUAUUUGGUGCGUUACUUCGGCCACACAAACUGGAGAUAAAGCGACACCAGACAUUGUCAACACAUUUUGGUAUCCGUGAAUGUUUCAAGCUAACUCAUAUAUGUUCCUCUCUGAUAGAUUAUCUUAGUUUAUUCAACAAUAAUGGAUUUAUUUUCAUGUGCCUAAGCAUUUUAUGUUGGAGUUCAGGUAUAAACAGUUGUACAUUACUACUUCCGGAUUUUUACGCAUCGACUGGUUCAUCCCCGACCGAGGCCGCUUACCUCAUGUCUGUAUUUGGUAUCGGAAGCACAUUGUCAAGACUAUUAACUGGAAUGGCGGCGGUCGAUGGAGGAAUUGACGGAAAGUUGAUAUAUUUCGGAUCGUGGGGCAUUGUCGGGGUUUUGACACUGUCCUUUCCCGCCAUUGGGAAGGCAUUUUCAGGAAAGGUGUUAUACGCUGUCCUGUUGGGGUUGUACUCUGCAGGGACAUUCGUACUCCUCAGUCAGAUAGCAGUAGAUAUCGUCGGACUCGACCGGUUUGCAAGUGCAGUGGGUAUGGAACUGUUCGUGUCCGGUGUGGGAUUCCUUGUUGGUCCAGUCAUUGCAAGUAAAAUCGUAAGCGUGGGAGGAUAUAUUCAAGUAUUCCUAUUCCUCGGUUGUCUGUUUGUCAUGGCGUCCGCUCUAGGCGCGCUUACGAUUCUAUUUAUACCGAAGAAUAUACAGAACGUAAAGAGAACUUUGGUGUCAGAAGACACAGGGGUGAAUCCUGAAGAAAAGUCAUUCAUUGUUGAUCCAGUAUAGAAAUCUAAGUCCUUUGAUACGCCAAACUCGUACUGAUGCAGCUUGUUUUUUAUCAUUAUACAUUUAUUGUUUCUGUUUGUUUUCCUUUAAAAUCUCGAAUAAAACACACACAAAAAUCAAA